GUCUACCACUACUUCGGCCUGCCGGUUCGCGUGCGACAGGUCCUCGAUGUGCAGAGCAUCGGCGAGAUAGACCCAGGAUCUCUCUACUUCCUGCCCUGGCCCUCCUCGGAGUCCUCCUAUCAGGAGGACCUGAGCGUCGUCGCGAAGGAGCUGCCUUUGUCCAUCCGGGUGGAAGUGGCAAACUGGUACUUCAUCCUGCCAGGUGGUCGCAGCUGGCCGGAAUACCUGGAGACGCUGAAAGCAAGCCACGCCAAGAAGAUUCGCAGGUACAGCAAGCAGCCCGAGAAAUGCGGCUACCGAGUCGGACUGGAAGAUCCAAAGCACCUGGAGGCUGAUGCGGUGGAUCGGUGCUACGACCUCCUCUGUGAGACGAUGCUGAGAAAUGGGGAUCGCCAGUUCUACACAAAGGAGUCCUUUACGCAGCACUUCCGCUCGCUGCCUGUUCUCAUAGCUCGCAACAGCAAAGGUAUCCUUG